GAAGCGUUGUUCUGCCAAAUGCAGCUUCAUUUCAUCCGCUUGGUGCUGACAUGGACUCUGAUCUCAUGCUGGGCCACAGAUGCGCUCGCCUUCCUCUCUGCUCUCGUGCGCCAAGCUGCACCACACCGGACUCGGCGGCGGAGCGUCGUCCGGGCAGCCAGCAAGGCGCACGGGGAGCACAAAUCGCUCAAGGAGAGAGAGGUCCGGCAGAUGCAUCGACAAAAGAGGAAGAUCUGUGCAUCUGCGCUUGUGUGUGUGUCUGGCUUGUGGCGUCAAUAUAUUCCAUUAGGGUCUGAAGCUGAAGCCCACGGUGUGGACGGAGUUCCAGGGGCUGGCAAGGGAGACCCAGGCCGUCAACCUGGGCCAGGGCUUCCCCAACUGGCAGCCGCCCUCAUUCGUUCUCGCCGCUGCACAUGGAGGUUCGUGAAGAAGGUUAUCUCACUCAGCUGAGAUGUGGUGGGCCGCUGGAUGUGUGUGUGUGUGUGUGUUGUGCAGCGUUGACCGGUCCUCAUCACCAGUACACUCGGACAGCCGGCCAUCCCCCUCUGGUGGAGCUGCUCGCAGAGAAAUACUCGCGACACUUUGACAGGUGCGUCGUACACGCGACGGACGAUGCAGCCACGUGUGUGUGUGUGUGUGUGUGUGUUUGCAGGGAUAUCGACGCCGACACUGAGGUGGCGGUGACGAUCGGCGCCUCCCAGGCCCUCUACGUGGCCAUGCAGAGCCUCCUCUCGGCAGGCGAUGAGGUCAUCCUGAUGGAACCUUUCUUCAACCUCUACGACGUACGUAAGAAGCUGUCCCAGACACACAACACACCCAAACCCACACCACACUCGCAAUCCAAUCAAUCGACAGAGAGAGUGAGAGUGUGUGUGGAUGUGAUGUCACUCAUCAGGGCCAGGUGCGUCUGGCAGGUGGUGUGCCGCGUUAUGUGCCGAUGGACUGGCGUGAGGGCAGUGGUGGGCAGCGGGGCAGCUGGAGGGUCGACUUCGAUGUCCUCAGACAACAGAUCAACCCACUGUGAGUAAGCCACACAGAUAAGGGAAGGGAGGAGGCCGGUGCCGUCGAGUCGAGCAUACUGUGUGUGGUGUGGUCAGGACGCGAUUGAUCAUCCUCAACACGCCGCAGAACCCCUCAGGCAAAGUCUGGGAGAGGUGGGCAGGGCACGCACACACACACACACACACUCACCCUCGUUUGUGUGUGCCAUCCAUCCAUCCAUCCAUAUCAGGUCUGAGCUCGAGGAGCUGGCGUCGAUCGUCCGUGAGCACCCCAACCUGAUGGUCAUAUCAGACGAGGUCUACAAAUUCAUGGUCUUCGACGAACCAUCACAAACAGCAGCAGCAUCACCACUACCAGCAGCAUCAGCAGGAGAGGCAGAUUCCGACAGCAGCGAUGACGGCGAGGGCGAGUACAGGGGCAAGCCCGCCGGGCACAUCCACUUCGCGUCUCUCCCUGACAUGUGGGAGCGCACCCUCACCGUAUCCAGCGCUGGUAAAUAACCCUCCACACACACACACACACACACGCACACACGCGGGAUCAAGGCAUUGCGUGUGUGUUUGGCGGUUUAUCGGAUGCUUUGCAGGCAAGACGUUCAGCAUCACGGGGUGGCAGGUCGGUUGGCUCGUGGGGCCGGCCCAGUGGCUGACGAGGGUGCAGCUGCGGCUCCCCUUUAUGCAGUUCUGCGCACCCACACCACUGCAACAGGCCCUCUGCAACGUGCGGACGAACGCGUCAACUCACACCAGACAGACAGACAGACAGACAAAGGGGCUGGCUGAUGUGUGUGGAUGUGUGUGCAGAUACUCACAGAGGCCAGCGAGCCGUACCGCGAGUUCUCGACCUACUACGACUGGCUCAGACACGAGUACCAAGACAAACAGGCAGGGAGGCGCACACACACACACAUCCAUCCCCCCAUAUCUGUCGGUCGGCGAUCGGAUCUGUGGUCAGGGCAAGUUGUGUGCGGCGCUUGAGAGGGCGGGCAUCGAGGCCCGGCCCGGCAACGGGGGCUUCUUCGUCAUGGCAGAAAUACACGUGGGUGUGUUGGGUAUGCGGCUGCAUUGCAUCCAUCGGCACGUCGCAUAGCGUAGACAGCCGGCUGCUUGUGUGUGUGUGUGUGUCAGAACAUCGCUGUGCCUGACCAUUACCUGAGGGAGGGCACCCCCGCCAGACCCGAGAUGACCAGGGACUGGGCCUUCUGCAGGUCUGUACACCACACCGCCCGCUCCAGUCCGAUGUGUGGCUUAUGUCUGUCAAGUGUCCAGGUGGUUGGCCAAGGAGAUCGGUGUGGUGGCCAUUCCGGCCUCGGCCUUCUACUCGAUGGAGAACAGACAUAGAGGGGAAAACCUCGUCAGACUCGCUUUCUGCAAAACCGACGACGUCCUCGACGAAGCUGCCAGGUCAGGUGGACGGACACACCACAUCACCCACCCUACCAUCCCACUCACACACAUGAGUGCUCUCUCUCUCUCUCUGUGUGUGUGUGUCUAGGCGUCUGGAGCGUGUCGCAGAGUUCCGUCGCCUGGACAGCGGUGCGAGCAGUGCCCACACACUCACUGUCACUGGAGCCCUCCGGGGUGAGGUGACCUGAGCCAGACAGAGCCGAUGUGGUGUGGUGGGCGGGG